UCAUCAAAACCGAUUAAUUUAAUCAAUGGCUAUGGUGAUGAAUCCGCAGAGCCAAGGGGGGCUGUCUUACCAGGUGGUGAGGGCGUCCACGGCCGUCACCAUAGGCAGCUCGCUGCUGGUGCUGUCGGGCCUGACGCUGGCGGGGACGGUGAUAGGCCUGGCGGUGGCCACGCCGGGGCUGGUCUUGUUCAGCCCCGUGCUGGUGCCGGCGGCGAUCACGCUGUUCCUGGUGACGGCGGGGCUGGUGGCGUCGGGGGGCCUGGGCAUGACGGCCGUGUACGUGUUCUACUGGAUGUACAAAUACCUCUCCGGAAAACACCCCGUCGGCGCCGACCAGAUCGACCGCGCACGCGUCAAACUCACCGGCACCGCCAUGGACAUCAGGGAAAGGGCGGAGCAUCUCGUAACCGGAUCUUAGGUUGCAGGUGGUUGACGGGGGCUGAUGCAUGAUGGCUGCGGCGGAAAGUGUUUUUUUUUUUCCCUUUUUCUUUUGUUCUUUCUUCUUUUUAGCCUGUGGUGAUGGUGGUUGAAGUGGUGUCCGUAGUUGUAUUUUGAGUCCUUAAUUUCUGCGUAUGUGCUGGUUGAUCAAGUAGGAAGUCGAUCACGAUGGAUUAGCUAGAUACAUAUAUCAUAAAUUGGAUCUGUUUCACUGCUAUGUGUAUGUGCUGUGGUGUUUUAAUUUUUAUUUCAAUGGAGUUCUUGUUAUUGAAA